CUAAAAUGAUAUGUGAACAUUGGAGAACAUUUUUAUAUAAUUAAAUUAAAGUUUGGUGAUUAAAAAAUGUUAAUGUUAAAACUGACCCGAGGAAGAAGAUGAUGAACAGUGGUCGAAAAUCGAUUAUUUACUUACUAAAAAUCGAUUAGAAUUUUAUUUAGUUCAGUGGUUCGAAGUAAACAGAAAGAUUAAUGUGAUCCUGGCGGCAGAUGGGGCGAGAUUGUCGGGAUGGAUGUGACAAGUUUUGAAAUGAUUUAUGAUAUGUCAAUAUUAAAUUCGCUUCCGCAAUAUUGUUAAAUACUCCGUACUGCAUAUGUUAUGAAAAAUAUUAUUGAGAUUAAUAAAAUCAUCUCUUUCCAUCAAAUCCCCCACAAGGUUAUCCAAAUCAAUCCAAAUCGGGUUUGUUUUUCCAUUUUCAAGAAAAAUGUCAGGAAUCAUGGAGAAGAUCAGCGAUGUGCUCCACGGCCACAAAGAAGGGGAGGACGGGGAGAAGCACCGCCAGGACAAGGCGGCGGAGAGCCACAAGGAAGAGAAGAAGCACCACCACGAUGUCACGCAUGAGGGAGAAGGCCACCACGGCGGCGAUCCCAAGGAGGGAUUGGUGGAGAAGAUCAAGGGCAAGAUCCACGGUGAAGGCGGCGAUCACAAGGAAGGAUUGGUGGAGAAGAUUAAGGACAAGAUCCACGGCGAAGGCGGCGAGCACCACGGAAAGGAUGAGAAGAAGAAGAAGAAGAAAAAGGAGAAGAAGCACGACGGCCACGGCGAUGAGAGCAGCAGCAGCAGCGACAGCGAUUAGAUCCGUCUCCGCUUGCCGUUGACGCCGGUUUAUUUGCUUUUUUCUGUUGACGGACCGGCGUUUACGGAUAAAUAAAUACAGUAUGUACUGUAUGUAAUACUGUGGGCUUGUUUUGUACUCUCAAUUAUGCAACCGUUGUGGCCUUGUUGGCUUGUGGGCCAUGGGCAAGUGUGUGGAUUUGUAAGUGUUUAUUACUUGACCUCAAUAAUAAACAGGCGAAGUUAAUUUAAAUUUAUUUAUGCCUCUAUGGUUAACAAAAUAAAACCUGAAAUAAGAGGAAUAAUGUGGCAUUGUAAUAGAAACUAUACAUUUUU